GCGUUGCUCCGGCUAUCAAGCACCCUUGCUCUUUCAGCCGCCCUCUCUUUCGACCGCUGUACUCGCACCACUUGGCGCUGGAAUGACCUCGCUGCAAGAGGCCGAGGCCCUCUUGGCUAGGGCCAAAUCCAACCAGGAGGCAUCAUGGGCGUCGCUUCGUCCGGGACUCUUUGCUCAACAAUCCGCACCUGCCCUUCGGUCGCAGGCCACCGUCCAGCCAGCCAACCCCCUGCUUGAUGCCUCGAUCAAGAGUUUCAGGGAAGGUCUUCGCCAGCAACUUGGCCUGCUCUCCAGCUACAACUAUUCGUUUUCAAACAGCAGCGACAAUGGCAGCCCUGGGCCGCCUCGUAGCACGGCAGACUCCAGCACCAGAGCCGCUGUGGCUCCGGAGCACUGGCUGCAGUCGCUGGGCGAAGGUGAAGGCGAAGGUGAUAUGGUUCCCGUCCGAGGCUAUUCUCCUCAAACGACCGAUUGCACUUCUUUGGAAGCCACCAAGACUCGCAGUCCAGGCGCUGUUGAUCCGAAUGCCGCCCGGGUUGAGAUCGAUCUCCAGUCCCCCGUACCCUUGCAAACACCUGUGCCGAUGCCACCGCCGACUCCUCUUCCACUCCUCCGGCACCGAUCCAAGCUUGCCUCUCUGGCCACCGAUCCCGUCAGACCCCUAGAUCCAGAAGCGACACAACAAUCAGCACGAGGGAGCGUACCCGUUGCUGCAUCAGAGCCAGGGUCGAGCUCAAGACGCAUCCGCUUCGAACUUGCCAGCCAUGAAUCCAAGCCCAAUCUAUCGCAGGAGCAUGUCGCCCCAUCGAUCCGCAUCCCAGGAACCCGGCCCAGCGUCCCGAGCGACAGUCAUGUCGUGAAGCCCGAGUAUGAUCUUCGUCCAUCUGAACUUGCUCGGGAUCAAAGACGCAAUCGGGACUCGCAGUCGCAAAACGAGAGCCCCGGCGGUCCGCUAUAUUCGUCAGGCCUGCCUCGCAGCGUCGACCAUCAUCAACCUACGCAAUCACAGUCACAAUCACAAUCGCAACCACAGCAGUACGAUAUCGCUCCGGCUUAUAUCGCCUGGGAGGGUCUUCAGGAGCGCAUGCAGACUCUGCAUAGCCGGAUCCUACAGGCCCAGUCUGAGAAUGUCGUCCGUCACGAGGAGCAUCUCCGAGUUCGAAUCAACCAACAGCUGCAUUACAUGCGCGAACUUGCACAGGAGCAGACGGAUUGGCAAAUCUCAAUGAUAAAAAUGCUUCAAAACGAGCAAGAGGAGAUCAGCAGGAGGAAAAUCCAGCUCAACGACCACAUAGAGCCAGCGCAGCAACGAUCGAGCGAUACCCGCAACACUCCCAUGGGGCAGCAGGGGCUGGCCGACGAGAGCAUGUUCGAUGGCAGGAUGGCUGCGGUUGCUGAAAGUUCGAGUAGUCCGCCUGCAGCCACAGUGCCUCCGACAUCACACUACAGAGGCAUCGAUAUCCGUGGAAACCCUCAGCCUCCUUCUGUGAGCUCGACGCCGAUGUCAGCAACGAAGCACACGGCGGCAGGGGAGCCGCUGUCUGAACGGUAUUCUUCUGCCGACCGACCAUCAGAGGCCGAUGCCGUUGGUCCCUCUCGCCAUCCACGAGUCACAGGCAGAAAUGGCACUCAGCCCCGCGAACCGCUCCAGGAAACGAGGACACAAGAGUUGCGGCGGGCGCGAACUGACCCAGAGCUCAGCGAGCUGAAGCACGCCCUGGAGUGGUCGCCGCUGGAUGAUCUCCUGAAGCGCCGAGACUCGGGUGCUGGCGAAGCAGCAGACAAUCAAGCUGAAAUCAUUGACUACCAUGCGAUACGCAAGACAAUAUGGAGGAUCACCAAGCAGCGGGAUGAAACGUUCAAACGAGAGAGGCGACGUGAGUCCCCCUUCCAGAUUGAUCAUCUGAGGCUCCAUCUGGACGACUCGGUCUCGUUCAGCGGAAGUGAGGAUGUGCUACUCGAUAUUCUUGAUGUUGAGCGCAUCCGAGACCAAGUUGACCGGCAAAUCGAGUGGCUGAGCUUUGAAACGAUCCGUGAAGUGCGUGAACAAGCUGGGGACAUUCUAAACUUCCAUCCACCCGAUUCAGAGGCAGUUGCUCACGUUAGUCGCCUGAAGCGCCCAUCAAGCCCGCAGUCUCGGCGCGCAUCCGAAGCUGCCCCCGCAGCCAAAGGCCCAUCCAAGACAUCCAAAAAGGCUAAGCAAAAGCAACCAAGCGCCGAACACAGUGUCCAACCCAACGGAGCGCUACAAAGCAUUCGUCGACCCUCUCCGCCAAUGCUUCCCAGGGCUCCAAAGCGUCCGUCGGUCAUGAGCGCGCGGGGCAAAGGGGGCUUGGCUGAGCCAGCUGUCCAGAAGCGAAUUGCGAACACAAGAAAUCCUGUGCGAACAGACAAGACACAAUCACGACGCACUACGAAUGCCUCGUUUGCGAGUCCGGUGCACAUUGCAGCCCCGAUCCGUGAGCCCAAACCCAAAGUCAAACGGCUCGACACAGAGAAGACUUCCAGAAUGCCGCAAUCCCAAAGUCCCGCCCGAGCCGUCCUCUUGCGAACCUCUGCGGUUCGACCGCGUUUCUUGACAGAGAUGCUAUCAAGGGAUCUGCACGGAAUCUCCGCUCCUGAAAAUACGCCACUUGUAAAGAGCAGCCACGACGCCGCACUUCAAGUCAGUCCCAUACGGACUGUGUUUGAUAUCCAGCAGCAGACAACGCCGCCUCCGGAGAGGCACGAAGUGGCACCGGUACCACCGCUAGCCCAACCUCGCCCUGUCUUUGACGAGGCCGUUCAGACGAGCCCCUUGACAACAACAACAGCCAUACAAGUAGUCUCGUCCCCUGAGUCGCUUCAACAACCACCACAGGGAUUGACUUUAGAGAAGGCCCAGGAGAUUGAAGAUCUCCGAUUCCAGAUUGCGAGCAUGAAGGAGCGGCAAAGCGACACUCUACGGCGCCAGGAGGAGCUUGCCCAGCAGCAAAGAGCCGAGUUGGAUGACGUGAAGGACAAGAAUCAACAAGCCAUCAACCGUCUGGUAGCCGAGAUUGCGCAACAAAAAUCCAGUGUCGCUGCAAUGUCACAGCCCCCGCAACCACCGCCACCACCGGCACCACCGGCACCGACUAUGGAGGAGGCUCGACCACCGGCCAUCGCCAGGGUCGAGGCUGCUGUUCAGGCCGAUGACACUACUAUUCAACGCGCAACUGCUGCGGCGCGACCAGCUGUGGCCGUCACUGCGCCCACCGAACAGAGACAAGUAGCCACACAGUACAUCGAGCCAUUCAAGGAUGCUGAGAUCCAGUACAGCACGGUCGACGAGACGUCUAUCUCGCAGCUCUCGGUCGUUGAAGUUGUCCGUCCUCCGCCAAAGCGAUUAGGUGCCCCGUCGCAGCUAAUCGAUCACAGAGAAAAUCUGGAAGUGUUUAGAACCCGACAACGACCCACGACGACCGAAGAGUCGCUCCAUCGACUGCGCGGCCUCGCCGAAGAAAGAAUCAUCAGCUACGUCCAGACAGAGGUGCUCCGGAAGCUCUUUGUCUCGCGACAGGAGGAAUUGGUUCGCAAGGCACAGCCGGGCGUCGGAUCCUCAUCCCUAGCCCUUUCCGAUAUUGAAGAAUAUGCCGAUGCUUUAUUGAUGGAGGUUGUUUUGGACGAAGGCAGGCAGGUCUGUCGCGAUGCCGUAGUAGACGCACGGGUGGAAGGCGAGCGAAUCGGCCGAGAAGAAAAUAUCCGUUUGGUUCACGAAGCAGCCGCGGCGGCCGUCGAAAGGAUAUCCCAACUUGCUCAGCCAAAGGCCGAAACAGACCCCGCGGUGCUCCAGUUGCACGAGCUGCUUUUGAGCUUGCAAGCGGAGAUCCAGAAGAUCGAUGAGCGCAGACAAGCUUCGCUUGCCGGCGAAAGCAGCGAUCGAGUCGCAGAGUCGCCUAUGGAGCCACAGAGGAUUCAAACCGAGCUCCAGUCUCUGGAGGCAGAAAGAAAGGCUCUCGAAGAUGAACGCCGACGACUUGAGGCGAUGCGCCGUGAAAUGAAGGAGCGCGAAGACCAGAAGGCACAGCUCGAGGGACUUGUCAAAAUGCACAUGCUCAAGGAAGCGGCAUACAAGGCUGAGUGGCAGAGCAGAGCAGGCGAGGUCCCGCCCGAGCAGCGCCGCGGUGAUCUGCUCCAGGAUGCUACGAUGGAACGCGAGCGCGCAAGGAAGCUGGAAGAGCUCCAGCAUGCCCAGAGAGCAAUCGAAGAGCGAGCCAUCGAAAACGAGCACCAGCUUCAGGCGCAGCGCGAACAAUUCGAAUCGGUUUGUGCGGAAAUGGAGCAAGCCCAUCAGCGACUCCAGGUGGAGAUGGAGCGCGAACAGGCGAUCUUGCUGGAGCGAAUACAGCAACUGGCCACCCGAUCAGCAGCCGCACCGACAACAGCAGCCACGCAGAAAACCGCAGCCGCGACAACGGUGUCAAGUCUGACACCAACGGAAAUUGUGGACUCUGUGGAUCCGAAACAUGAAUCCGACUCGAGACAGCUCGAGGCCAAUGGGUUCGGAGACGGAGACGGAGACGGAGUCAGAAUGCUGGCAUCCACCCAUGUGCCGCACAACGUUGUUGCUGAUGACAAGCAGGACCAAGACAUGGGCAAUAUGCUGCCGUCGGAAGCUCCAGUACCAGCGUCCGCGGAUACCUCGUCGCUGGUGAUGACGACAUUCUCGAUGCCACUGUCGGAGGGCGAGGUCCUCUCGGCUUGGUAUUCCGAAGGAGAAGUGGCGGCAUACCCUCUGCGUUCACAGGACACGCACGAUCGAGCUACAGCCGAAACCAACCAUGGGCGGUCGCUCUUGUGUGUCGCCACUGCCGCUCAAGACUCCGAUGAACGUGCCGCGGCCGUUUUCCAUUCGACAAGCCAUCCAACGAUUGAAACGGGGGAGAUGGUGGAGCUGCAGAGCAGCAUCGUGGUCACGGACGACAGCAUCGACAUCAACUGUCCCCCCGUUGGCACCCACAGCAGCGGCGAAGCCAGCUCUAAAAGCAAAACGGGUACAUCGACAAGUGAGGCGAUAACCUCGGGCACCGAGAUGGCAAGCCUCGGAGAGCUGGAGCUUUCGGCAAACCCGCUCGACUCUGUGCCCGAUGAGCAUCGCUCGCCAUCAUCCAGCUCGCGUGGUGCGGCCGAUCGGAGCCGGCCCAUUGAGCGCAUUCAUCAAGAGUCCAGUGCCAAGGAGAUCCUCCGGUCAUUUGUCGAGGAGGCAGAGUCCAGCUGGUCGGAGACGUCCGUGAGCGACAUCUCGGUGGAUCGCUCUGGCCUGCUGGAGCCGGGCAGGAGAGCGAGGCAGUCCCUUAUCCCAGUACCGUCGCGAUCGCCCCAAACGAGGAGCUGAAGCGACAGGCAGAACUGUUUGUUUAGGAGUACCGUGUUAAGAAAUGUGACUUUGAAACUACACCAUUUGCACAAACUUAGG